AUGUCACUGCAGUUGCUUGUCAGCACAUGGAACGAUGUCGGCACUUGGCCUAAACGCACACAGGCAUCAUCAUCAUGUGAACUCGAUGUAGAGAGAGCUAUAAUUGGCUAUCAAAGUGAUGAGCUGUGGGCAUUGCAAUUGUUUGAUGCUUGGGCUACACCAGGGCCAUCGCUGCUGCAAGGACGCUCGAUGUUUGCGGGAAGUUACUCUCAAUGUAAGGAGACCAGAGCGCCUGAUACAGCUGAUCGUGCUGGGUUCAAAGGAAACUACUGUGUUGUGGUGUUGCUGAAUUUGACUCACCCUGUGCCCAGAACCAUGAUUUUGAUGACAACUCACCUCAUCAACGUAGGUGUCUGUCUGCCUGACACCUGCACUGGGGAGGACAUCACCCGGCUUUUUCAGGAAAGAAUACAGUCACUAAUUUUCAGCUCAAUCUUCGCGGUGGCUUCUGUUGACUGUCGAUCUGAGGAAAAAGAGUAUGACAUAUUCACAAAAUUAGCCAUAGCGAUAUCUGCUGUUAUUCUAAUUCUGACUGCAGCUGGUUCGACAUUAGAUGUCUGCAUGGUAGACUGUGCCUCCUCUCCCCAUCAAGCUCAGCAGAAUAACAAACUGACUCCUGUCACACAUCAGGAAAGCAAUCAAACACAGAAAGCAAACAGUAUAACGGCAGUGUCUGCAAAGGAAAAUGGUGUCUUGAUCACAUUUUUGCUGUCGUUUUCGGCAUGGACCAAUGGGAAGAGGCUUCUGAGCACAUCGCAGACUAGAGACAACAUCGCUGUUAUCUCUGGGAUUCGAUUCCUUUCCAUGGCAUGGAUUGUUACGGGACACACACUAAGUUUCUUGCUCAUGUCCUUUUCUGACAAUGUCGAACAAGCAUUGCCUGACAUCUAUAACUGGCACGCGUACCGCAUUAUCUUGAACUUGCAUUACGCCGUGGAUACAUUCUUCACUCUCAGUGGUUUUCUUGUUGCACACAAGUGGCUCAAACCGGUCAUGGAAAAAGGAUGGGCGUUCAAUUGGAGGUACUUCUUCCUGCAUCGUUACUGGAGAUUAACUCCGCCACUAAUGAUCGCUGUUGUCCUAGUUCAAGGAUAUCAAGGAUUAUUGGUGUCUGGGGCGAUAGCGGCAACGAUGCAGCCAUCGGAUAAAUUCAGUUGUCAGAAAAACUGGUGGCAACUGCCUCUGUAUGUGAAUAACAUAGUUACAACUGAUAUUCUACAACAGUGUAUGGGGCAGACAUGGAGCCUGGCUGUUGACAUGCAGUUCUACCUACUCAGUCCGUUGAUGUUGAUUCCCUUUUACUACCACAGACUGGCCGGAGUUUUCAGUUGUCUUUUGUUUGUCGUUGCACAGUGGACCUAUGUUGGGUGGUUGUACCAUCAUUACCAGUGGACCGACGACUUUUUAAGCAUCACCACUGAAUGGAUGGCAUACUACUACAUCCACUGCUACACUAGGGUCGCCCCGUUUGCCAUGGGGAUUUUAACUGCCUACAUCUUGUCCGCUAAAGGAGGACGUGUCAAAAUGUCCAGGAAUCAGGUAAUUAUUGGCUGGACUCUUGCAACAGUGGCAGUUUACACAGUUGCCUGUAGCCAUCCUGGUCACGGCACCAACAGCUCUCUGACUACACUCUACAGCGUCACAGAGAGGAGUAUCUGGGCCGCCGCUGUCCUCUGGAUCAUCGUUGCUUGUGUGUCUGGAUAUGGAGGUCCUGUGAAUGCUAUACUUAGUUGGACCCCAUUCACUGUACUCAGUCGGAUCACAUACAUGGGCUACCUGGUGCAUAUCUGCAUCAUGAACGUCAUCUUUGCCAAUUUGGAACGAUAUGUAUACAUUAAUCUAUGGUCCACGGCUGCGUUUGCUGCAGCAAGUCUGUUCUACACAUGUGUGGUAGCUGGCGUCCUCGCAGUCCUUGUUGAGUUUCCCUUGCUCAGUCUGGAGAAAAUAUUUGUUGGCCAAACUAAAAAGGUAAAAUAA